CUUCCGACGUAGCCGCGCCGCGUCUCCAGGGGGACCGGGGCGCGCGCGGAGCGCCUGUGCGGCCGCGGCGCGGCGUGGCACUUGGCCGACGCUCCCUGGGCGGCGGGGCCCGCCGUCCCGGAGCCCCGAGGGCCAGCCUCCUCCCGCCCCUCGUCCGGCCUCCGCGCGCUGCCUCCGCCCCCGGCCCGGGCCGCCCGCCCCCAGGCCCGCCCGCCAGCCCGCCCGCCGCGCCAUGCGCCGGGCCCGCCGCUGAGCCCGGCCCGCCGGCGCGCCCCGUCCGGGAUGGGGCGCCUGGACGCCUGAGUCGCCGCUCUGCGCGAUCGCCGCGCCGGGGGAAGGAGCUGGUGCCGCGCGGCCGCGCUAGGAUGGAGGUGUCCGGCGGCCGCGAUCCCGGUGGCGACGGGGCUGGGGACAGUGCCCCGCCGGACCCCCUGGCUCACGGCGCCGCUGCGCCCAACUCCGGCCCCUGUGCAGCCGCCCGGGAGUCGGAGCGCCAGCUGCGCCUCCGCCUCUGUGUCCUCAACGAGAUCUUGGGCACCGAGAGGGACUACGUGGGCACCUUGCGCUUCUUGCAGUCGGCAUUCCUGCAUCGCAUCCGGCAGAAUGCGGCAGACUCGGUGGAGAAGGGCCUGACGGAGGAGAACGUCAAGAUCCUGUUCUCAAACAUCGAAGACAUCCUGGAGGUUCAUAAGGAUUUCCUGGAGGCCUUGGAGUUUUGCUUGCAUCCGGAGCCUCAGUCUCAGCACGAACUUGGGAAUGUGUUCUUAAAAUUUAAGGACAAGUUCUGCGUGUACGAGGAGUACUGCAGCAACCAUGAGAAGGCCCUGCGGCUGCUUGUGGAGCUCAACAAGAUCCCCGCCGUGCGCGCUUUCCUUCUGAGCUGCAUGCUUCUCGGAGGCCGGAAGACCACGGACAUCCCUCUGGAGGGCUACCUGUUGUCUCCUAUUCAGAGGAUCUGCAAAUACCCCCUCCUCCUCAAGGAACUGGCCAAGAGGACGCCUGGCAAGCACCCUGACCACCCCGCGGUCCAGAGCGCCCUGCAGGCCAUGAAGACCGUGUGCUCCAACAUCAAUGAGACCAAGCGGCAGAUGGAGAAGCUCGAGGCUCUGGAGCAGCUGCAGUCACACAUUGACGGCUGGGAGGGCUCCAACCUCACAGACAUCUGCACCCAGCUCCUCCUGCAAGGGACUUUGUUAAAAAUCUCUGCGGGCAACAUCCAGGAGAGAGCUUUCUUCCUCUUCGACAACCUGCUUGUCUAUUGCAAGCGGAAAUCCAGGGUCACUGGGGGCAAGAAAUCCACCAAGAGGACCAAAUCCAUCAAUGGCUCCUUGUACAUCUUCCGGGGUCGAAUCAACACUGAGGUCAUGGAGGUGGAGAACGUGGAGGAUGGGACAGCGGAUUAUCACAGCAAUGGCUACACCGUCACCAACGGCUGGAAGAUCCACAACACGGCCAAGAACAAGUGGUUUGUCUGCAUGGCCAAGACGGCAGAGGAGAAGCAGAAGUGGCUGGACGCCAUCAUCCGUGAGCGGGAGCAGCGCGAGAGCCUGAAGCUGGGCAUGGAGCGCGACGCCUACGUCAUGAUCGCGGAGAAGGGGGAGAAGCUGUACCACAUGAUGAUGAGCAAGAAGGUGAACCUGAUCAAGGACCGCCGGAGAAAGCUGAGCACCGUUCCCAAGUGCUUCCUCGGCAAUGAGUUUGUUGCCUGGCUCCUAGAAAUUGGUGAAAUCAGCAAGACAGAAGAAGGUGUGAACCUGGGCCAAGCCUUGUUGGAGAAUGGUAUUAUCCACCAUGUCUCCGACAAGCACCAGUUCAAGAACGAGCAGGUGAUGUACCGCUUCCGCUACGAUGACGGCACCUACAAGGCCCGAAGCGAGCUGGAGGACAUCAUGUCCAAGGGUGUGAGGCUUUACUGCCGUCUCCACAGCCUUUACACCCCUGUGAUCAAGGACCGCGAUUACCACCUGAAGACGUACAAGUCCGUGCUGCCCGGGAGCAAGCUGGUGGACUGGCUGCUGGCCCAGGGUGAUUGCCAGACACGUGAGGAGGCCGUGGCGCUUGGCGUGGGCCUGUGUAACAAUGGUUUCAUGCAUCACGUGCUGGAGAAGAGUGAGUUCAAGGAUGAGUCCCAGUACUUCCGCUUCCACGCAGACGAGGAGAUGGAGGGAACCAGCAGCAAGAACAAACAGCUUCGCAAUGACUUCAAGCUGGUGGAGAAUAUCCUGGCCAAGCGCCUGCUGAUCCUGCCCCAGGAGGAAGACUACGGCUUCGACAUCGAGGAGAAGAACAAGGCUGUGGUGGUGAAGUCGGUCCAGAGGGGCUCACUGGCGGAGAUGGCCGGCCUGCAGGUGGGGAGGAAGAUCUUCUCCAUCAACGAGGAUCUGGUGUUCCUGCGGCCCUUGGCUGAGGUGGAGUCCAUUCUCAACCAGUCUUUCUGCUCCCGCCGCCCGCUGCGCCUCCUGGUAGCCACCAAGGCCAAAGAGAUUGUCAAAGUCCCUGACCGUCCAGAGGCGCUGUGCUUUCAGAUCCGUGGAGCAGCCCCGCCAUACGUCUACGCAGUGGGGAGAGGCUCCGAGGCUGCGGCUGCAGGGCUCUGUGCCGGCCAGUGCAUCCUGAAGGUCAAUGGCAGCAAUGUGAUGAAUGACGGAGCCUCAGAAGUCCUGGAGCACUUCCAGGCAUUCCGGAACCGCCAAGAAGAGGCCCUGGGCCUGUACCAGUGGAUCUACCGCACCCACGAGGAUGCGCAGGAGGCCCAGGAGGCUGCCGGCGAGGACCCCAGUGGCGAGGGGGCCCGAGAGGAAGACCAGCUCGACUCGGCCUUCCCCCUGAUGUCCCUGGGUGCCCAGCCGAGCCAGCACGAGGACAGCCCUCUGGUCAGCCUGACGGUGGACAACGUGCACCUGGAGCACGGCGUUGUGUACGAGUACGUGAGCACGGCGGGCGUCAAGUGCCACGUGCUGGAGAAGAUCGUGGAGCCCCGCGGCUGCUUCAGCCUCACUGCCAAGAUCCUUGAGGCCUUUGCUGCCGAUGACAGUGUCUUUGUGCAGAACUGUGGGCGGCUCAUGGCCCUAAGCAGCAACAUGAGGACCAUGUCCCACUUUGAGUUCCGCAACAUCUGUGACACCAAGCUGGAAAGCAUCGGCCAGAGGAUCGCCUGCUACCAGGAGUUUGCAGCUCAGCUAAAGAGCAGGAUCAGCCCACCCUUCAAACAAGCACCCCUGGAACCCCAUCCACUAUGUGGCCUGGACUUUUGCCCCACCAACUGCCACGUCAACCUCAUGGAAGUAUCCUACCCCAAGACCACUCCCUCAGUUGGGAGGUCCUUCAGCAUCCGCUUUGGUCGCAAACCCUCCCUCAUCGGCCUUGACCCAGAGCAAGGUCACCUGAACCCCAUGUCCUAUACCCAACACUGCAUCACCACCAUGGCUGCCCCAUCCUGGAAGUGCCUGCCUGCUGCGGAUGGGGACCCACAACGUCAGGGUCCCAACGACAGCAGCUUUGGGCCAGCCAAUGGAGCCCUUGGCCAGGAGGACCGAGGCCUGAGUUUCCUGCUGAAGCAGGAGGACCGUGAGAUCCAGGAUGCCUACCUGCAGCUCUUUACCAAACUGGAUGUGGCCCUGAAGGAGAUGAAGCAAUAUGUCACUCAGAUCAACAGGCUGCUGUCCACCAUCACAGAGCCCAGCUCCAGUGGGUCCUGCGACCCCACCGUGGCCGAGGAGGCCUCCUCCCCACCGCUGGUCAGCGAAGAGAGCGAGACGGACAGGACCGACCAUGGGGCCAGCAAGAAGGUGUGCUUCAGGGUGUGCGAGGAGGAUCAGGAGGACUCGGGUCACGACACCAUGAGCUACCGGGACUCCUACAGCGAGUGUAACAGCAAUCGGGACUCUGUUCUGUCCUACACCAGCGUGAGAAGUAACAGCUCUUACUUGGGCAGCGACGAGAUGGGCUCCGGGGAUGAGUUGCCCUGCGACAUGAGGAUCCCAUCAGACAAGCAGGACAAGCUUCACGGCUGCCUAGAGCAUCUCUUUAACCAGGUGGACUCCAUUCACACACUCCUCAAGGGGCCAGUCAUGAGCAGAGCUUUUGAAGAGACCAAGCAUUUCCCCAUGGACCACAGCUUACAAGAGUUCAAACAGAAAGAGGAAUGUACAAUCCGUGGCCGGAACCUGAUCCAGAUCAGCAUUCAGGAGGACCCCUGGAACCUCCCCAAUUCCAUCAAGACCCUGGUGGACAACAUUCAGAGAUACGUGGAAGAUGGAAAGAACCAGCUGCUCCUGGCCUUGCUGAAGUGCACAGACACGGAGCUUCAGCUGCGGCGGGACGGCAUCUUCUGCCAGGCCCUGGUGGCCGCCGUGUGCGCCUUCUCCGAGCAGCUGCUGGCGGCCCUGAGCUACCGCUACAACAACAACGGCGAGUACGAGGAGAGCAGCCGGGACGCCAGCCGCAAGUGGCUGGAGCAGGUGGCGGCCACGGGCGUCCUGCUGCACUGCCAGUCCCUGCUCUCGCCGGCCGUGAAAGAGGAACGGACCAUGCUGGAGGACAUCCGGGUGACCCUCUCGGAGCUGGACAACGUUACCUUCUCCUUCAAGCAGCUGGAUGAGAACUGUGUGGCCAACACCAAUGUCUUCUACCACAUCGAGGGCAGCCGGCAGGCGCUGAAGGUCGUCUUCUACCUGGACAGCUACCACUUCUCCAAGCUGCCCUCCCGCCUGGAGAGCGGGGCCAGCCUGAGGCUGCACACUGUGCUCUUCACGAAAGCUCUGGAGAACAUGGAGGUCUCGCCUCCUCCAGGCAGCCAGGCUGUGGAAGAUUUGCAGCAGGAGAUCAAUGCCCAGUCUCUGGAGAAGGUUCAGCAGUAUUACCGCAAACUCAGCAGGUCCUGCCAUCUGGGAGGAGAUGCCUGUUUCAUUCUGCAUUGGGGAGGGAGCUGUGACGGGGGCCCUAGGAUCCUUGAGCCUGUGAGUGAGGGGUGUGACCCCAGGGCCUUGGCCCUGCUCAGAGGAGACCCCCCUCACCCCGCCGCCAAGGAGAAGAGGAGAGUAGGGGUCACAUUCACCAGGAGGAAGCCUUGGGCCCAAGGAAGAAGCCCCACUCCUGCCGCCCUGACUCUGGCUCCUUCCUCCUUCCGCCUCACCUUCUCCUGCCAUGAAGAAGGGAGAACAUUCACGUUAUUACAUCUGGCAUCUCUUUGGAUCAAUCAAUGCCAUCGGGCAUUUUACCUGGAACGGUCUAACCUGCCCACGGACGCCAGCACCACGGCGGUGAAGAUAGACCAGCUGAUUCGCCCCAUCAACGCCCUGGACGAGCUCUGCCGCCUCAUGAAGUCCUUGGUCCACCCCAAGCCUGGUGCCGCCGGGAGCCUGGGCGCCGGCCUCAUCCCCAUCUCCUCCGAGCUCUGCUACCGCCUGGGGGCCUGCCAGAUCGCCAUGUGCGCCACCGGCAUGCAGAGGAGCACCCUGAGCCUCUCCCUGGAGCAGGCGGCCAUCCUGGCGCGGAGCCAUGGGCUGCUGCCCAAGUGCAUCAUGCAGGCCACAGAUAUCAUGCGGAAGCAGGGCCCCAGGGUGGAGAUUUUGGCCAAAAACCUCCGGGUCAAGGACCAGGUGCCCCAGGGCGCCCCGCGGCUCUACCGCCUCUGCCAGCCACCGGUGGACGGAGACCUCUAAACACCGAGGUGCCUGAUGCCCGGCUGCAUCCUCUGGAGCCGGGGUUCGCAAGGACACAGGGAGCCACACGGCCUUCUCCAGAGCUGGCCCAAGGCCUCCACUCCGCCUGCCUCGAGAUCUGCCCAGCCUCCUCCAUCACAUCACCUACUGGGAGGAUAAACGGUGCCCUGACUCGUGGAUGAACUGGAGAUUGGCCCUGGGCCGGCACAUUCUCCACACUUCUGCCAGAAGCCAGAGGGGGUCCUGGGGACCCACAGAACUGAUGGGUGCCUCCAGGGCCUGGGCUCCUGUCCAGAAGUCCCCAGGACACAGGGGAGAUGUCAGGGGUGCUGCAGCUGGAGGCCCGUGGCCCCAACUCCCUUGGGAUGACUCAACCUGCACUUUGGAAACCCCUGGUUUCCUUCUAAGCCCACAUUCCAGGUGACCACACGUGUCUCUUCCUCACCUUAGCUUCCAGAUCCCCCUCUAACCCUGUACUAACCUCCCCAAUGGACUCAGAAAAGCCAGACCUCUGCCAGGAAAGACAGAGGGACAGGGCACAACACUUAUUACCAAGAGGACGGUUGAAAGCCACCCUUGGCUUCCUCUAUCAACGCCAUUAGAACUGGAGCCGUCAGCCCAGGGCACAGAUUUGCCCUUUAUUUAUAUGGCGUGAACUCUCUAUGGUUUAUUUUGGGAUUUUUAUGUUGUCAUUGGUUGUGUUGAGAUUCCCGCCUCACCCUGUCCCCCCCACCCCACCACCCCCCAGGUUGUGUGAGUAUAUAUUUGCGUUUUAAAUUUCAAAGAAAGCUAUAUUGUCUAACAGGGGACCAACAUAAAGUAGUAUUGACAACUUUUCCCAGUUCUACUAAAAAAAAGAAAAAAAACUAAAUUAUUGAAAAUUCAAAAAAUGUCAGUAUUUCAUCUUUUUAAGUAUUAGGGUCUUAAGAUAUUGCUUACAGGUAUCGACUAGGGUUCCUUUCCCCACCCACCUUCAGUUCUCUAGCUGUUGGCCUGUAUUAGGGUGAGUCACUUUGUUCUUCGAAUGACUGGCUCCAAGGGUUUCAGAGGUGGCUGGGCCAGGCCUGGGGGCUGGAGGGAGUUGAACCAUCCACUGGAGAGGCAGUCCCACACCAGUGUCUGUCCUCUGUGGUAGAGGGGCUGCUGGGAUACCCUGAGUGGUGGCUUCUGUAAUUUAUUUUUUAAUGUUAAUCCAGAGCAAGGCAGCAGCAGGGCAUUUGGGACUUCUCAGCCAGCCAGAGAGACAGGAAGCUACCCUGCCCACCAGGGCACAGGAACCUACACAGGAUCUUACCCCCUGUCCGGCCCCCUUCCCCACCCUCCCCACCCCUGGAGUUUGUCCCCUCCAGCUCCUGUCACCAGCAGGGACAUGUCUUUCCAGCCUUGGCUGACGGGUGAGAUCAGGUGUAGGUUUCCCUCUGCCCUGCAGGCUUGAAGCCGCAUCAUCUUGGCUCCCUGCAUCCCCAGGAGUCGCCUUCCCUCUCUUGCCACCCUGCAUCAGAUUGCAAGAGGUGAGCUUGUCGCUGGACAGAGGUGGCCUGAUACAAAUAUAGGACCCCCAUGGCAGAAAGGGAGAGGGUUCCCGCGGACAAGGGCGUUGUGCACUGGUUUACUUUACAAUGUACAGAUCUUCUCAUUCAAUUCAUGAUAGAUUUUUUUAUUAUUAUUAAAAGUUGGUUUAUAAUACAAA